AUGGCUUCCAGAUCAGCUUCUCCUGAGGAGGAUCUCUCCUGUCCUUUUUGCCAUGAGAUCUUCAAGGAUCCUGUGGUCCUGUCGUGUAGUCACAGCGUCUGUAAAGCCUGUCUGCAGAAAUACUGGAAACAGAGGCGAUCUCAGGAAUGUCCAGUGUGCAGGAAGAGAAGCAGAUCAAAAGGCAAUCCUCCCUGUAACCUGGUCUUAAAGAAUCUGUGUGAGGCAUUCUUACAGGAGAGGAGGCGGAGAGAUUCAGGGGAGUCUGAGGAGCGCUGCAAUCUGCACAACGAGAAACUCAAGCUCUUCUGUCUGGAUGAUAAACAGCCCAUCUGUGUGGUGUGUCAGACCUCCAGAAAACAUAAAAACCACAACUGCUGCCCCAUAGACGAAGCUGCACAGUAUCAAAAGGAGGAACUCCAGACUUUCCUGAAGCCCUUACAGGAGAAGCUGGAGGUCUUUAAUAAAGUUAAACAAACCUGUAACCAAACAGUAAAACACAUUAAGAACAAGGCCCAGAGCACAGAGAUACAGAUUAGAAAGGAAUUUGAGAAGCUCCAUCAGUUUCUACGAGAGGAAGAGGAGGUGAGGAUAGAUGUUCUGAGGGAGGAAGAGGAGCAGAAGAGUCAGGUGAUGAAGGAGGAGAUGAGCAGAGAGAUAUCAUCACUUUCAGACACAAUCAGAGCCUUAGAGGAGGAGCUGAGAGCUGAAGACAUCUCAUUCCUACAGAACUAUAAGGCCACAGUGGUAAGAGCCCAGUGUACACUGCCGGAUCCACAGCUGGUCUCAGGAGCGCUGAUAGACGUGGCCAAACACCUGGGAAACCUGCAGUUCAGAGUCUGGGAGGCGAUGCAGGGCAUUGUGAAAUACAGUCCUGUCACUCUGGACCCUAACACUGCCCACCCAGGUCUCGUCCUAUCUGAGAAUCUGACCAUUGUGAAAUGCACAAAUGAGAAACAGCAGCUCCCUGAUAACCCAGAGAGGUUUGAUUACUAUGCAUGGGUCUUGGGUUCUGAGGGCUUUAACUCAGGGACACACAGCUGGGACGUUGAGGUUGGGAACAAUACAUUCUGGUCACUGGGUGUGAUGGAAAAGUCUGUCCAGAGGAAGGGAGCAGUUAAUACUGGACACUGGCGAUUCUGGCACUUCAAAGGUAAAUACGGUGCAUUUUGCCCACCAGAAUCAACCAGUGUCCUCCCUGUGGCAAAGAAACCCAAGAGGAUCAGAGUACAACUGCACUGGGACAGAGGAGCGCUGUCAUUCUCUGACCCUGAUGAGAACACAUGUUUACACACUAUUACACACACUUUCACUGAGAGAGUCUUUCCGUACUUGGGUAGUUACUGCAAGCUCUCCCCUCUGAGAAUCGUACCAGCGAAGGCCUCUGUAAAAGUACAGCAUAGUUAGAAUCUCUGUCUAGUGCAACAGCAUUUAUUGAUGAUGAUACG